AGUAGGUUAAUGCUGUUUACCUGCUGCCUGCAGAACAGCCACGGUGCUUCCCGCCGCCACCGCUCCUCCGUUUGCGACUGCAGCAGCAGACAUCAUGCUAGCAGCGUAGGAGCCUGCUGCUAUUCCAGCCGAGGUGAAACCUACACCGGCCAAGGCAACAGGAGUCGCCGCCACCGCAACUACACCGACUGCACAGAGACAAGUGCGUUAAAGUCAGUCUAACAAAUCAACACAGGUGAUCCAUGAAGACUUUCCAGACUCUUACCUACUCCUGCUCCAAUGGCGGCAGCUUUUCCUGAGACAAAGGAUAGAAAACAGAGGUUAACGUUUCAUCUGGUUUCAUCAAAGACAGUAGCUAUGGUAUCUUGGCAUUGUUAAAAUUAUAUAAGGAAAGCACAGGCUAUACGUUAUGAGAAAAGAAAAUAAUCACUAGCGUCUGCGAUACCUACCAGGACCCAUUUCUUCUAGUCUGACCAGUUUUGGUUUCUUGGGAAAUGACACUCCAGGAGGCUUUAUUCCUGCUGAACAGAAGAGGGCGACGGGGAUCAAGAACAGGAAGUUGAAACUCAACUAACUAUGGAUUUUUUAAAACAACUUUUCUCUUAACUCUAGCUUAUGACAUUAAAAAAAAUCUUAACAGUAUAAAAUAAGUGACAUUGCACCUCUGUUGUUGUUCAGCGUCCAGCUGACCCGAUCACGUGGUAGGCUUUGCGCAGGCGCGUGGUGUUAAGGGCUGAUGGAGAGAAGAUGCCAACUGCCAUCAUCUCUGUGUAGUGCAGGAGAGCUGCAAAACCGGUCAUAUUUACCGCAGACACCACAGACUCCGUUGUCUUUCAGCACAGCUGCAUGUUGCAUGUCUGACACGAGAAGCCUGAUGUCUGUGGCAAAUGCGAAACACACUGUCCUGAAUCCGGUGAUCCCAUACACAGGGCCCAUACCUGGAGGUCUGCACCCUGGGGAGAUCAUCAUCGUCCAGGGCACCGUGCCCCCAGAUGCUGACAGGUUUCAGAUGGACCUGUCGAGUGGCUGCAGCACCAAGCCACGCUCUGACGUCGCCCUCCACUUCAGCCCUCGCUUCGAAGGCUCGCCCUGUGUGGUAUGUAACUCCCUGCUGCAGGAGAGCUGGGGCAAAGAGGAAACGCUCCAUCAGCUGCCCUACAAACGCGGAGCCCCCUUCGAGACCAUCAUCCUGGUGCACGAAGACGUCUUCAAGGUGGCAGUAAAUGGUGCUCACCUGCUGGAAUACAAGCACAAAAUCCCACUAAACAGGGUUGACACAUUUUCUAUAUCUGGCAAAGUCAAGGUGCACGCUAUUGGCUACAUCCCAAACUCAGCAAUAUAUUCAGAAUCAGGUGACUUGAGCCUCCCUUACAAAGGCAGUAUACUCAAAGGACUGAUGCCUGGACAGCACAUCACAAUCAAAGGACAGGUCAGCAUGUAUCCUCACAGUUUUACAGUGAACCUCCGCAACAGCAGGACAGAGAACAUCGCUCUUCAUCUGAACCCUCGCAUGAAGUCGGGGAUGUUCACCAGGAACUCGUACCUGAGCGAGUCCUGGGGUCAGGAGGAGCGGGAGCUGCCCUUCUUUCCCUUCUCGUCAGGGGAGUACUUUGAGAUUCUCAUCCUCUGUCAGCCCCACCAGUUCAAGCUGGCAGUGAAUGGCUCACACCUGUUUGAGUUCAGACAUCGGGUGCAGGACCUGAGCAGCAUUGACCAGUUGGAGAUCAUGGGGGACCUGGAGCUCACUGAUGUGAAACUGUGGUGACUCGGGACUCUAGACUUAACAUAGAAGCCAGCGUUAAAGACACUGUUGUGUUCUGGUUUUUGAUGCUAAAUUAGCUUAGCCACAAAGACCCAGACAAUGGAUGCUGGAAAUGGCAAAACCUGUGCUGAUUUCAGGUUAGGUUAGUCUUGCAGCAACCAGAAGUCUGAUUUUAAGCUAGUAUAGCAUUUUUGGUGACCAAGUAGCAUGGGCUGGUCCUGCCAUGGAGCAUUAAUGGUCCAUGUUUCCAGCCCCGGCUAGACGACUGAUGCAUGAGUUAGCUGUGCUGGAGCAUCAGGCUGUGAGCCACCAUGACUGUUUACAGCUACAAGUUAGGUUUGCCUUGGUUCAUUUCUUGUACUUUCUCUAGUGCAUCUCUGCUGUGAUAUGCCAUUAGUGCACUGUAUAAUUAAAACAGGAAAUAUGUGUAAAUGUUAUUAAGCACUCAAGAAUGAAACUAAAGGAUGCCAUUCUUUUGGAGCAAGGCCCAAUAAAGACUAAUUUAUUGUACAGCUAAUAUAAAACGAUUGGAAACAUUUGUCAUCAUUACUAAAUAAUUAGUAGUGGUUACUUUUUCUUUUUGAACAUUUUUGAUGUAUGGUCAAAAUCAUUUUCAUCUACAGUUUAUUUUUACAUAAAAUGUUAAUUAAAUAGGACGUGCCAACUUACGGUAUACCCACAUUUAAGUUUAGUCUGCUAUUAAAGGUCGUAAUCCUCAGGAUUCUUUAACACAUGAUAGCGUCCCAUGCUCUUUUGACAUUUAAGUCAAUUUAACAUGUAAUGGUGCAGCAGAACUCAAGCACAGUGCAGUACAGGGUCCUUUUAAACUAUUUCAAUACCCUAACAAAUGACAUUUUGCAAUAUUUAUGCAAGCUAUAGAAUAUAGUAGAGUCCUGCAUCUGUGACCAUGUCUUGCCUCAUCGCUCUCCCACUCUGUGCUGCAGUUAUCAAUCCUGCUCCAAAAUGAAAAGUAAAAAAAAAAAAAUCAAACAUCUGGGAUAUUUAUUUUCCAAUGUCACGUGCCCACCCCCCGCCCCGUCUGUUGUAACUGUUGUAAAAUAUGUACGAAAACUCUUCCCUAUGUAUCAAAUGAUUUAAUAAUAAAUAAAUGUGUUGCUAUUA